CCCACAAAACGCUCUGCGUUAUAUUUUUCUCCGGCUGUAUCCCUGCGCACUGUCGCCUGUGCAUUCAUAUGUAUGGGAUGAAGACGCUCGCAUCUUCUUCUGCUGUGGAACACAUACGUAAACAAGAUGGCUGCGGUGCUCUGUUGAGGAAGAAGAGUGGCAUUACCACGAGCGUCUUCAUCACAUACACGUGAAUGUACAGGCGACUGCCCAGGGAUACGGCAGGAGACAAAUAUAAGUGUUUUGUGAGGUUAGAUUUUUUUGGAUGAGGCAUUUUUGUGAUGCAAAGGUAUUACUCUUUUGAACGUAUAUUGUUUUGAGAAGCUCUUUACUUAAAUGGCCUCAGCAACUAAGCGGAACUAUGUUCCUCAUCAUGGAUCUCUGACCAGAACUGGACUCACAGGACCAAUUUGGGGGCUCCUGCUCCCAUGCCAGCACCUUCAUCCUGCUCUCCCACUCCAGCAGCCUCAUCUGCUGCUGCUGCUGCUCCAGGACUUCUGCCCUCUGCUGGUUCUCCAGUGGAUCACGCGCUGCAUCUUGUGACCUGCUGCCUGCUAAUGGGACCAGACGCUGGCUGUGGAAGCUGGAGGUGCCUGGGAAAGGAGAUGAGACUGAAGUCUACCUGCUGCGGUGAAAUAGGUGGAAGCAAAGGACGCAUCCUGCAGCUCGGCAUUCAGGGAAGUUCUGGAGUUUGAUUUGGGGCUGUGGUGCAUUUCGGCCCAGUCAUUCCCUGCUACCCUGUCCAAGUCGUGAUGCUGCAGGGAGAUGGCUACGUGCUCCUUGCUGUCUUCAGUCUGGGGAUGACACUGACAUCUUAGUUGUCUUCUACAGCAACAUGUAUCAUCCUCAAGUUUCCUGCUUGACAGUAGAAGAAGAAGAAGAAGAAACAAACAGGGAGGAACUGCAGGUCAAAUGUGUUUGAAGGGUAUAGCGCUCCUCCUGGUGGUCAAAGCAGUAAUGGCACACUAUAGUCUCUCACAAAACACUAUGAAACAGCUAAGAAAUAUUAUAAAAAUUAGGGCUGUCAAAAAUUGUGCGUUAACGGCGGUAACCAAUUGAUUUAAUUAUGUUAAACUGUUUAGCGUAAUUAACGCAUACGCAUCACGGCAAGCCACCGCUCUCUGUUAUGAUGACAGACGGCGGCACACUGUGUACAUCCUCACAGAGUCACACAGUGUCUGACGCUCUUUUAGAACUUUAUUCUGACCUGAACACAUCAACAGCAGUGCAAUUCCAACGCCAUAUAUGUAUCUCCAACUCCAAAGUCCAUUCGUCACUGCACUUCAUUGUCACUAGACAGCCCACGAAAUGCAUUCAUGGACACUCCGAACAUAACAACAUCUUUAUUAUGAGUGUAUGUGUGGUGUAAAUAAACAGAAAUGUAAAGAAAAACAAUAAGUGGACAUUCUUAUCACUCACUUUGUAACUCUUAAUGCGGAAGUACAAUUUGCUGCAUUUAAGUAUGCUCGGAAAUUCACUCAAAACAUGAAUUAAACUUAACGGACGUGGUGUCUUUGAACGCAACUCUUCAUUGCUAAUAAUAACAGUUAAAUUCUGAUUGAGAUAUUCUGCUAUUAAAAGGGCCCAGUGUUAGACAUGUGUGCCAUCUCUUAAGUUGAUUUAAAUUUUCAGUUAAUUUGGCGCUAAUAUAUACAAAUAUAUAUAAUUUUGCCCUGUCAUUUAUCUUUUGUUCAACCAAAUACAAAAAAAGGGCAUAUUUCAGACAUAGUGUGACACGGAGAUUAAUCAUGAUGAAUUAAUUUGCAUUCGAUUAAUCUGAUUAAAAAUUGUAAUCAUGUAAUAAAAAUUGAAUAUAAAUUUGUUGUAAACUAUCAAAAUGCCAACUUUAUUCAAUUUAAUAUUAUUCCUUACUUAAGUAUAUUAUUUGUUAAUUGUUGACUACUACAAAAACGCCUCUAAUUAUAUUUGACUUUGAUUUGAUCCUUUUUAGAUUUUUUUUUUCCUGAAGUCGACAUUUUCAGCAUAAAUUUGCUGAACUCUAAAAGAUGCACAAAAAUACAUUGUCUUUUCCAUCUGUGUAGUACUGCUUAACAGUACUUAUUUUUUUUACUUGUAUGAGUGUUAAGGACUUAAAAUGGGACUUUAAACAUUGCCUUUGCAGUUAAUAAAGAUGUGGUGAUAAUGUGACACUGCAAUUCAGACAUGUUAAUGGUUUCAGUGGGUGAAAGAUGCUUCCAUAUGACAACAUCCAGUCUUGUUGACACGUACCCAAAAUAAUAAGGGCUACACAUGGCCUCAUUGUAUGAAACAGAAGGAACACUGUAGCACGUGCACAAUGUUGAUGGUGCUGAUUAGUGAUGUGUUACAUUUGAAGUAGCUCAUCUACCUUCUACGAGCUUGCGCACCGCGGCUUUGUGGCCAGCUCCUCCUGCGUGGCUGGUGAGGGCAGCCUCGCCCAUGGUCUGAAGUUUAAUGGAUUUACAACAGGCCUUGCAUCGGGCGAAGUGAAUGUCCUGGGUGUCCUUAAGGAGCCACUCUUUGUAGAUGUCCUUGGAGAGCCAGGACUCUUGAAACUUGCACUUCCCAGGCAUCGCCAGAAGCUCAAGUUAGCUGUGGACGGCUAGUCCAAGCAGCUUCACGUCAGACGAUCACGGUGCAUUCGUGUCCACUCGGAAGAUGUGGCGAGCAGCUGUUUUUAUGCUAUGCUAUGUUUACAAUUACGACUCGACAGUUUGUCUGUACGGUUCCGUUAAAAACGGAGAGUCUUACAUUGAUUUGUUAUUGAUAACGUUGAACCAACAAUAUCCUACAAUGCUAACACGAAACAUUUGGAAUCGUACAAUAGCCUAGUCUACAACCAAAUAUACGUAAAUGCAACUCCGCUAAAAUGUAACACGUGACUUAUUUUGUCCAAUAGAAAUGCGGUCAGAAUAUUUUCGACCAUUCAGUAACUAGGAAGCCACCAAAUAAGUCUGAUUGGUCAAAAGACCGGAAGCCGGAUACGGCUCACAUGGUUGUUUUAAUGGACAUUUGUAAAUAGACAAUUUUCAACCGUCGUUGUGCAUCUUGUUACUCGCAAGGCACUAAAUGGGUAAGAUACAAACAGCAGUAUCUUAUGUCGACGCAAGGGCGUCAAUUAUAUUCUUAUUAUAAAAUGAUCAUUUACUAGUUGUACAUAGCAAACACCUCACCGGUGUACUUUGCUUUAUUUCAGCAUUGACCAUGUUUACACGAUAUAAUGUACGUUACAAUGUCAUAAUGCCUUGUCUGUCAGGCUUCAAUCACUGAGAUGAUGGAGACAGCAGCUUUAGUAGCGCCUGUCACUGCGCUGGAGUUCUUUCAGGAUGCAUUUCUACUGACUGGUGAGGGUCCGGUGUUGACCGCGUACAGUCUUCAGCCUAAACCUAAAGCAUGUACCUCAAUGGCUGUGCUCCAACACUACCGCAUCCACGGGAUUAGACCAAAAAUAUUGUCAAUGUCGCCAAGUUCUGACACGGAAACCAAAGGGCUGAUGUCGACUGACCUCGCUGUAUUUGGUGGGAAAGCAAUCCGACUGCUAAGGCUCCACUUCGAUGUCUCUGGUGCGCAGCAUCCACGCUUAGAGAUACUGGGGCCCCUUGUGGAACUACAAGACUGGGCCCUGGAUGUCCGUUGGCUAUGUGAAGACACACAGCCUAUCCUGUGUGUGGCUGUAGCCCAUAACGCUGCUCUUCUUCUGGACAUGAACACGGGAAGUGCCCUGGCUCAGCGCUCCUGUCUGGAAGGCUGUCUGCUGUACUCUGCCCUGCUUGUGGUGCAUAAAUGUUGGGAUGAUACCAUUCUGGUAGGAGGGACUGUUUUCAACCAACUGGUUCUCUGGAAGCCUGGAGGUAAACAAAGUGAGCACAAAGGUCCAGUUGAAAGACGUCUGCUGGGGCACACUGGCGUGAUCUUCAGCAUCUUUUACCUCCAGGAGAAAGGAUGGCUGGCCUCAGCCUCUGAUGAUCGUAGUGUGAGAGUAUGGGCUGUCGGUGCUUUAGGGGGGCCUGGGGGCAGCUGUGGCCACUUGAAUCCAACCUGUUUACAAGUCCUUUUUGGACACCAAGCAAGGGUAUUUUCUGUGCGUCUCUCCACAAGGAGAGUGUUUAGCGCUGGGGAAGAUGGAGCCUGCUUAGUGUGGGACUUGGCUGGAGGUGGGACAGUGGUUCGCACCUUGAAGGGACACAGAGCGGGCGGGAUUCGGGCGCUGGCAGUCACAAAAAAAAGGGUGGCGACUGGGGGAGCGGAUGGAGGGGUUAGGUUGUGGCAGGUUGAGGAGAAUGAAGAUGAAGAAACACUGGAAGCAGAGAAGAUUACUGAUCUGGAAUUUUCCGGUGACGGUGCGCCUAAAGUGGUUUGUCUUCUAGAGGAUGAGGAUGAUGAUAGAACCAAGUGGAGUAAGUGUAAGAUUGCGGUUUGUACGGACCAAGGAAUUGUUUACCAGUAUGACAAUGGUGACUGGGAGUUACUAUGGCGAGGAACUCCUGAGUUUCAGUCCUACUGUGUGAUGGAGACGGUGGCUGUUAGAGUGAAAGCUUCAAGAAGAAGAGUUAAUUUAUGUGCUGUUGGGAGCCUCGGUGGAGCGUUGAAGGUCUUUUCAAUCUCUCAACCUCAGAAUGGCAUUUUCCUCCAAGUGGGAUCAGGCAAGAUCUACAGUCUUAUAUGGCAAACUGGUGGUAAAGAUCUAUAUUUGCUAGCGUCCAGUGCGGAGGGUCACGUCCAUCGCUGGUGCAUUGAUGUCACAUUAAACCCAAAUGAUGAUGGUUGUUCAUUGGGCAUCGAGGUGAAUCGCCUCCCUUCAUUUGUGCUACCGCCAUGUGCCAAACGGUGGCUGACGGCUGCAGUGCGACUCCCCUCUGAGGCAGAGGGGGUACUGUGGGUGUGUGGAGACAGAAGGGGGUCCUUGCUUUUGUUUCAGGACAGAAAAACAGAUGAGAUUAGCGAAGGAUUGACGCCGUUAAGCUGCCUGUUUGGUGUUCAUGGUAAACAGGGGGUAACGUCAGUGUGUGAAUAUGAUGGACUUCUAUACAGUACUGGGAGGGAUGGCUGUGUGCGUGUUUUUAGAGUGCAUCAAGCACCACAAGAAUCACUUGAGGGGAGUAGAAAAGACAGCCUUCAGCUGGAGGUUCUGAGGGUCCAACGGGCCUGCAAAGGUAUGGAGUGGUUAGAGAAGGUUUUGAUAAUGAAACCUACAAAUUCUGAGGAAGAUAACGACAUUAUAAAUGAAAGUGAAAGCCAAGAUAGGACACAAGGACACGGAGACGAUGACAAAAAGUUCAAGAUGGAGAAUAAGGGCAGGGAAGCACGCUUUGUCAUCUUCGGCUUCCACGCCUUCCACUUUGUGGUUUGGGACCCGGUGAGACAAGAGAGGCUGCUAGUGGUGCCUUGCGGCGGUGGACAUCGCUCUUGGAGUGUCUGGCCACCGCACAAACAGAUCUGGCCCGGAUACGGUGCUUUGGUCUUCAUCAAGCAGGGCACCGUCCUGGCUUCAGAGCCUCCAGGAGAGCUGCCAAGGUGGUCCGGCAGUGUCACAGCGAGGAAUGAAGGAUGGAGCCUGAGAGAGGGCAUCCAUGGAAGGGGGAUUGGGUGUGUUUGCAGGCUGGGGAGCGUAAAGGAGUGGGAGAUAAUAGUGACAGGCGGUGAGGACACAAGCUUAACCGUCCUGGCCGUGCACCCCAACUCUGGCAGCGUCAAAGUCCUCUCCAUUAUCACAGACCACAUCUCAAGCGUCCGCACCAUGGCGGUGCUGACUCGUCAGGAGAGUGGCACCCAGUCACAAUCCUUCUCUGCGCUGUUGGUAUCAGCCAGCGGACGGGCUCAAAUGCAAUGCUACCGGCUAUAUGUCGUUUGGGACGAGCAGAGACUGGCGCCGUCCUGCCAGGUGGUGCAGGUGGCAGGUCACCGAUUGGACGAGCACUGGGAGAGGAGGCGGAACAGACACAAGAUGGUGAAAAUGGACCCAGAAACAAGAUACAUGUCUAUGGCAGUGUUGGACCAAAACCAACACAGUGCUCUUGUGGUUCUUGCGUGCAGUGAUGGGGCUGUCAGAUUGUUCUCAGUCAGUGAAAGCAAGCAUCAAAUAGAUUUGUUGUGGGAGACAUUUCACCACCAGCGGUGCGUUCUCAGCGUCGCCACCUGUAGUCUGGAGGAUGGAAAAGGGAACAGGUAUCUGCUGCUGUUCAGUGCAGCAACAGAUGGUCAAAUAGCAGUGUGGGACCUGACCCAAACAACCUGGCUCUCAUCCCUUGGCUCUCCAAGUGCGUCUGCAACUCCACCAACCCCCUGCCUCAUUAUUGCCGCCCACCAAAGCGGUGUCAACUCAUUGGCCGUUUGGGCUGACACACACCAAGAUGGCAGUUGCCUGGUAAGGGUUUCCAGUGGAGGGGAUGAUGGGCAGCUGACGGCAUCCAUCAUCAGGGUGCAGUACCCUCAGGAGGAUGGCAGGACAGGGGACUUUACUGCUCUUUGUCUUCAUCUCCUCUCCCAGUGGAAUGUCCCUCUGGCCCACGCUGCCCCUCUGACCUCCCUGAAGCGCCUAAAAUCUGACCUGAUAGUCACGGCCUCCUGCGAUCAGAGGGUUUGUCUGUGGAAGCUUUGCAGUACGGGCAUCAGCUGCAGAGGGGUGCUGUGCUCCCAUGUUGCUGAUGCUGCAGGGCUGGCAGCAUGGGAGAAGCAGGUGAUGCUGGAGGAUGAUGGAAAAAGGAAUCCAACUUCUGAGGUCAAUUGUGGACGAAUGGAGAGUCAGACGUGCUUGGAAGGAGCUAAACUGGGGAAGACGGGGGGGUGGGGUGGGAAGGACCAGGAAGUAACUGAUGAAGCAAUCAGGAAGACAGAGAAUUUGAAGAUGGAAGAGGAGAACACUGAAAUUGCUUCCUGUGAGAAAAAGAAAGCGAGAGUAGAGAAGACGGGGUGGGUGCUGGUCUGCGGUCAAGGCUUCCAGCUGCUUCAAGUUACAAAUAAACACGGUGAUGAAGACGAGACAAACUAAAGGAGGAAAAGCAAGAAGAACACAGCUUUACAUUAAGUUAACAGAAGUGGAGCAAAAAGUGGCUUUUACAAUCACGUCCCAAUUGGUCAUCUAUAAAUUCAUUGUAUAUAUUUUACAUUUGUGCAUUUUGUUGUAUUAUUUUUUUAAUAAAGUUAAUUUAUUCUA